GGCAGCAGCCAAACAAGAAGUGGAAGGAGGUGGUGCACCUCACCACUCUAUUAUAGAGUUUUUAAUGGAAGAGGCGGAAUUUGAGGCUCCAACUGCGCAAUUGUUUCAUAAACGAUUUUUACAAAAAUCGCAGUUGGAUGUCCCAUGGGAUCUGGUGCGGUGGAAGGUCCGAUAUUUGAAGGCGCAGUACCGUAAAGCCAAUGACUGGCUCACGUCAACUUGUGCAGGACUACAAGAUGAAGCUGACGGCAGAAAUAUCGAAGCAAAAAUUGCUAAAAUGUGUCCAUAUUACGACCAGCUGAGGAAAAUAUUUGGAAAGCGGUUGGCGGCCAUGCAACCGUUACCGGUUGAAGGUAACCUUCCUUCGCCUCAGUUAUGCCCAGUUAGUCCUGCACCAGAAUUCGAAGUAGAAUUCUUGGAAGAAGAAUGUGUACCUGCUACGCCAUCAAAUGCCGCACUUCAAUCGCACCAAUCUCCACACCGGUAUCAACAUACCAACGGUCAAUUCGGCCUCCGAAAUCAUCCGUUAGAAAAUUGGCGGCUAUCCAAACAGAAAAAAUUGCUAUGGAAGCGAAGAAGCUGGAGUUUAAUAAAUAUAAAUUCCAGGAGGAAAAGAAAAUUCAAGAAAGAAAGUUAGAUAUUGAGUCAAAAAAAUUAGACAUAGAGUUGAAAAAAAUUUACAUGAUGAAAAAUGCAAGAUGUUAGAAUUAGAAAUGAAAGAAAG